AUGGCUUUAACAUUGUUAACGUACUCUGCGUUAUUCCUGAUUCUCCUUCUUUUCCUUGGAUUCUUGUCGUUUGUUUUGCAUGUCCACCAUCAGCAUUUGCGUUACGCCCACAUCCCUGGGCCUCCAAGAGAUAGCUUUUUUACCGGCAAUAUCCCGUCUAUUCGGCGAGAAAAAAGGAGAGCUCAAGAUAAAGGAAUGACCAUUAUAUGGAUGAACUGGUAUCGGCAAUACGGAUCGGUUUACGUUACUUGGAUUUAUUUUAUUCCCGUUGUCAUUUUGUCUGACCCAGACAUGGCCAAAAAAGCCCUCAUCACACUGAAUUUGCCCAAAGCAGAGCGUGUCUACUCCAAGCUGAGUAACGUGUUUGGCCACCGGGCUUCUGGGCAGGGGAUUUUGACGGAAGUCGAUCACGAAGUCUGGCGUCGUAAGCGAGCAAUGUUAAACCCAGCAUUUCACAGAAGGUAUUUAAUGAACUUGAUGGACGCUUUUAAUUCCAUUUGUGACGAUUUUCUCGAAAAUCUGAGGAAAUAUGCCGAUGGUAAAACGCCUGUCAGGAUGGUGAAUGAAUUUGGAAGGGUUACUCUUGACAUUAUUGGCAAGGUACUGUAUGCUGGUUUUCACGUUUAGUGACUAGUCAGAAAUGUAACAGCAAUAAUUAUGUUACAUCACUAAUAUUGAUAUUGAUCUUCCAACCAUAGACUUAGGCCGUGUCCACACAAAUCCCAACAUUUUUGAAACUACAUAUCUUCACACCCCAAAUUUGUGUGGACAGGGCCUUAAACCACUCUGAGGAGCAGUUUAAAGAAGGGGCUUGGGCUUGUUUAUAAGAUGAAAUAGCGAAAUGACGAAAUGGUGAAAUGACUAAAAUUAUUUAGAUGGAGUUGUUACGUACAUUCUCAACCUGAGCUCUACACUAUUGCGCAGCCAUAAGAUAUGAAGUUUCUGGUGACGAGAUUGUUGUCACGCAGAGCUUGAGUGUUGUGCACAUACAAGCUCAUCACACGUGCUGAAAAUAGCACUUCCAUGGGGAAAUUUGCAUAUUACAAAGCUAAGCUGCAGUCAACUUUUACAUAUGUGAGGAUGGAGAACUAAAAAGUCUUAAGUAAAAAAAAAGUUGCUAAGAGUUCUACAAGUGCAAAUAUAGACAGGGUAAUUAUAAACAUGGUAUUACCUGCACAAUUGAUCUGAUUUGCUUGAUAAACUUUCAAAUUGUCUGGGACUCUGUGACAUGUAUAACGUAUUCUACAGACUAUACUAUCAACGUCUUACUUUAGAAAGCUGGUUUACUAACUUAGAACAAACGCCACUGAAUCAUAGCCAACAGUUACCAGCGCCGUACAAACAACUUAUUGACGAGAUCAAGGAAAACUAACUACGUGAGAACGACUGGAGAACUGACAACUUGACUAACAGUAGACAACUGUUUAACUGUGACAAUAGACAGAUCGAAACGCACCAAUUACUGAUUACGAGUCUUCAUAGCCAAUAACAUCACAGCUUAUUAACUGACAGACGACCAAUAACAUCGCGACAUAAUUGACCAAUCAGAUCAAUAACCAGAGUGUAAUACCAUCAACUGAUCAUGACAUGAUACAACUCACUUUGACUCUGAAGAUGACUACCGCAUAGGUUGUUGAAACGUCAGUCACUGUCAACAACAACAGUCCUAUUCAGGACUACGUUCACCCGGACGAUCAAACUCAACCUACUUUUGAAAUGACUCCUGGGUUCAAACCUUUCACAGUUGAUAAACUUUGUUUGCAGUGUCCAAGUAUUCGAAAGCAAUAACUAUAACGUGAAAUUUGCCCUAUUGCAAUUGCCAAUAAAUGGCUUUAAAACAAGACGACAUGCAUUUUGUCCUUUGUACUAAACAAUGCAGAAAGAUCACGUGACUGCAAUAAUUUACGAACAAGAAACUGACAACUGUGAUGGCACAGCAACAUUAGUGAGGUUUUGCAUGGCUGAGCAAAGUUUUGCUGGUUCAUAAAAGGCAAAGAAAUAACAGCAUACUAGACACGACAAAAAAACAGAGAGUCAUCUGUUUUUACUGUUUAGGAAAGUCAUUUUGCCAUUUCGUGUUUUAAACAUGCCCUUAAAAAAGAUGGGCUUUUGGUCAGCAGAAUGUCAUAUUUUUCACUGGUUCAUGUGGAUGGAUGGCCAAUUAUUCAUGUAAAAUAAUGUGCAGUUUCAAAUAUGAGAUAUCCGGAUUCUUGUGGACUGGGUGUUACCUUUCCACUGAAACAAAGUUUUCAGAUUUCUAAAACAAUGUUGGAGUUAUCACUAUCAAAAACUACAGCAUUUCAGUCUGGUGUAAAUUGAGCCAACAGAGGCCAGCAGAGUCUGGUAUUUUGCAUAAUGACUCAGUGUUGCUUUAUACAAUAUGCAGCUGAAUCUAGAAUUAGACUGCAGUGCUGUUACAAUGAUUUAAAGUACAAGUAGCAUGUACAUAUUCACACAAAACAUUUUUAUACCUGUGUGCGAUCUCUUCAAGUAAUUGGGGGUCCAUAAACCCACAACCUGAGAUAACAGGAGGCCUAUCCUUCAAAAUAGUUUUUCUCAGCCCCGUGGACAUCAGUUUGGCCUAAAACUAAGGGUAAAAGCGAAGAACAGCUCACCUCCACUGACUGUCGGCCAACUGUCGGCCGACAGAUAACCAACAGUUUACCGACAGGUCACCGACAGACCACCGACAGAUCACCGACAGUUUACCGACAGUCGGCUAAAGAAAAAAUACUACACUGAAACCUAUGACAAAAUCACCGGUAAAACAAAAGUAUCGAAGUCUAAGGCGAAACGAAGAACAGCUUACAGUAAACACAGCAAAAGCAAAGAACAGCUUACCGUAAACACGGGGUAUAACCCCAAGUUUUGAAGUUCAAACUUUGAAAACCAAAGGGUUUUUAAAAAAUAAAAAGGUAAGUUACAUAAUUGGCUUUCGAAAUGGUUGCUUGUGAGCUAGACCUUGCUCCUAUCCAUAGAAUCAGGCCCAGGCUCCUUGGCUCUGAUUAGAUCGGCAAUUAACCUGUGUCAAUCAGAUGAGCACUGGAUUGUUGAUGAUGUGAUCAGAGAUAAAAGAAAGAGUCAAUAACAUUCAUGGAAACAAGUACGGUGAUGGGAUGUGAUUGGUCUAUUCUUCCGCUUCUGCUGGCAACAAAUAUUUACAAGAAUAUCAGAACAAAGAGAAUACAGUCAAACCCUGCUUUACCGACACCCACUUAAUACGUCAACACGCCAUCAUUUCAGACCGUUUUCAUUGUCCCUGGGGAAAGCCCAUACAAUUCUCUUAAUUCAACCCACUUAAUACGGACACCCAUUAAUGCAGACCAUGGACACUUGCUUCUUGCCCAAUCAACAGAUUCUCAUAGAAAGUCAACCUUGCUUAUGUGAACACUUCACUAUCAACUAUAUGUUGUAAUAAACCUUUCCUUCUUGAAGGUAAAAAAUCUUUCAGUUGACAGCAUGUCAAUGUUCUGGGCGCUACUGUACACCAGAUAGGAUGAUAUGUAGACGUCAAUUUUUAGACUACUUUUGACAUCAAACAAAUUAUGCGGAGAACAUUUUGAUUAAUUAAUUAAUAUAUAGAUGAGCGAUUUUUGAGCGCUUCUGUGGAUUUAGUCCACGGAAUUACAGCUUUGUAAAGGUUAGAGAUGUUUAAUUCGACAAUGCUUAAGUUCUCUUUCAUUUCUUUAGCAUUUUGUUCUAAUAAAAGGAGUUGUUUUGCUUUAACAAAGUAACCCUCUUAAUACUGACGCCCCCAACCUUGUUCCCAGGGUCUGGGAGAGGAGCGUGGGAAUGGAGGUUGGGACACCCCAUUAAUACAGACACUUUCUAUGGCAUUUCAUUUCAGGUUGGUUUUGGCAUCAAUCUGAACAUUAUAGGAAAUCCAGACUCGGCAUUUCCAAGUGCUGUGUCAAAAACACUGGAAGGAAUGCAAGCGAAUUUACAAAAUCCAUUUUGGAUGUUCCAGAUAUCUGCAUUUCCCUUUCAAAAUUCUGUCAUCGACGCUAUAAAAUACCUUCGCGUCUUUGCCAAGAAUGUCAUCAAAGAGCGAUGUUUGGCUUUACAAAAUAGGGAUGAGACACCAAGUGAUAUAUUGGAACAUAUUGUCAAAGAAGCACAAGAGAACUCUGAGAUCAAUAUGGAUGACUUGGUGGACAAUUUCUUGACAAUUUUUAUUGCAGGUAUGAAUAUAUAAUGCAGUUUUGUAUUUUGUUUGUUUUUUUAUUCUUUCUUUCUAGAACAGGGAGCUUUGUUUAUUUUUAAGGUUGCUGUACUUUUGCAGCCUCCAUAACCCAUUCACCCCUCAACCACUUGUAACCUAGCCCCCCUGCACAUACAUUCUUAAGGGUUCAUCACAUGUUCCUGCCCCCCAAGAGCACAUAACGAACCCCUAAGAAUGUCUGUGGGGGAGACGACUUGUAACUACCCAUGUGGAUCCAUGUCCCUUGUAUCUCUCGUCUCAUUUUAAGCAAAAUUCCCAGGGGCGAUCGGGUGAAGCCAUAAUAAAAUCUUAGCUUAUGAACACCUGUUAGGGUUUAUUUUGUAUAUAUACAAUACUCUAUUUCAAAAUAGCAAGCAUUGUUACAAACAAGUGCAGUUAUUAAGAAAAAGGGAACCCAGAGUUCAACCCUAUCAAGGAUCUCCUAAGAACAAACAAAUAUGUAUAUUAAUAUAGCAAUAAAAAUAUGUACAUUUAUUUAUAUAAAAGCAAGUUAAUAAAAAUAUAUUUAUAAAAAUCACAGAAACAUCUUUAACCAAGUAUGGAAUGUACAUUCAAUAAAUAUUCAUGUGUUUUUUCAAUCUCAGUUUAAACUUGUUGAUGUUGGGACUGUUGUGACAAUUGAUUACGUUACUUGGAAGAUCGUUCCAAAACGUGAUUAUCUUAACAAAGAAGGAAUAUUUAUAACAGUUUAAUUGUAUCUUAUAUUGUAUCUUAUAUUGAUGGUUGGAUCUCGUCUUAGUGCUCUUGCACAGUUUAAAAUAAUCACUGAAGUUUAGACCAUUCAUAUUGAAUACGAUCUUACAGCACCCCACCAGAUUAGAGAUAGGAAUUCUCUCCUUUGUUCUAAAGAGUUCCAUUUAAGAAUUUUACACCUAUCCUCAUAUGCGAUGAGUCACCCAGUUAGCCAUGCUGCCUGCUUUAUCAGGCUAGCCAGGCCCUUGUGUUUCUUCCUCAUAGCAGUUCAUUGUGUUUUUGUGAGAAUGUGGGCUGGCACGCUCACCAAGAUCUUGGCCAAGCAACGGAGAUAUCGAUCUCGGCAAGUGUGCCAGCUCACCUCUGAUCUCAAAUAGACACAAUGGAAAGUUUAUGAGGAGACAAGUUGUGAGCUGAGCCAGCCUGGUAAAGUGAAACAGCCCAGCUAACUGGGCUGGCUCACCCCAAUUAAACAGGCCCUUAUAUGUUACGCACCCUAGAUUUCAGACCUCCCUGUAAGGGUGUCCUCUGCUUUUAUGCUCUCAGAAGGUCCAGUUUUUAGCUACAUGAAUGCACCUUUGGUGAGACCUCCCUGAUGGGAUGUCCAAGACCCCUUUCUGUUACUUUGUUUCCUAAAUAUGAUUUCUUUAUUUCAUUUAAAACUCUAAUAGGGCAAGAAACAACAUCAAACCAGCUCUCAUUUACUCUGUAUGAAAUUCUAAAGCAACCAAUGAUUGAAGAAAGGUAUGUGGCAUAACCUAUUGAUUUUUUAAGGUUUGGUGUAAAAAAUAUAAAGUCAAUAAUCAUCUAAUUAACAAUUAUUCCAUGAGUGUGCAUUAAAUAUGGGAUGGUAGGUAGCCAAUGAGGCACUGGCUAAUCAACUCAUAUCCAACAAGCGUGAGUGUAAUAAUUGUUUUAUUAAAAAUGCCCACAAAAUAUCAAGAAUUCUUCCCAACUUUAAUUUAUUUGUAAAAACAACCGAUUUUCAGCUUGUAUUUAAUUUUGAGCACACGCAUACGGUUACCAUAUUUGGAGAGCAUGAUAUAACGGCUCAUACAUCAUGAUGGCUAAGCCAGUCAGAGUUCUAGAAUUGCAUUAUCCAAUGAUUCUGUUUUUAACAAUAAUAUGUACAACUACAAAUAAUUAUGAUAUUGAAAAAGUUCGGCUAUGCUAAUGUAGCCCCCUAAGGUUUUUUCAUUUCUGCAAGCACAUGUUGGACUUUGUUUUGUUGUUAUCCCCCAAGGGGGGGGGGUUACUUUAGGAAUUUCUGGGUGGGGAUGUGCCGCUGGGACCCUGGAACCCUUAACCUAUACCAGAGCUAGUUCAGCUGAAUUUUGCUAGGCUACUAAGGCAGCUCGAAAGAGCGCUCCUACCCUAUACUAGAGUAAACUCCCCAAAUCCCCCUAUCCUACAGUAGCUUUUUCCCUAGUCUAGAUAAAAUCUUCAACCAACUGAUCAGUUUCCUCAAAAAUGAUACCCUAUUUUAGACCCAAACGCUGUGACUUAUAUACCCUAUCCUAGAGUAAACUGCUUGAAAACCAUACCCUUUUCAUUUUCUUUUGAACUCAAGCCUGUGCUCCGGCUAAGAAAAAUUGAAGGGAGCCCAGUGCUCUGAACAUGUGAAAUCUUGGGUGCGCAAGAUCCCUAUUAAAAAACUAAGAUUUCAUGAUCACCCAUAGGCAAAAGUAAGGCACCAGACUUCAAGACUUUAUAAUAAAUUUUCUAAAGAAUUUUUUUACAAGUGUCCUAGCGCCGCAAAUAGCUAUAGCUUGUCUAGGCGGGCCAGGAAUAAUAUGAAAAGAAAAUAACUGCAAUAAAAUUAAGGUUAAAAAGCAAGGGAGAUUCAUCCGUUUUCAAAUAAAUACGGAGCGAUUGAGUGACUAAUAUUGCAAAAAUUUACAAUCUUAUGAAGAAAAGCAUAUGAAAUAGAUGCAUUUAAAACUCUAAGGAGGAAAGGAAAAACAAAACAUUCCGUCGCUGUUUUUAUAGGCAGGCCAUUACAAAAAAAUUGGUUUUGCUUUCUUCAUUUUAAGAAUGAUUUCAUCUAUUUAAUAAUAAGUAUCGCCAACCUCCAAUAUAUCAAGCAAUGAUGUACGAAUAUUAAAUUUGAAUUUGUGUUUUAUUGAAAGUGUGUUCAACUAGAGCACAGCCUCGUAGAACUGUUCAACAAGAAUUUUUGUAACAAAUCAAAUAACUUUAAACAUGAACAUGAUCUUCGCAGCAGAAUGAAAUGUCUAGGCGGUGAAAAAGAACCUGAAACAUUCAGGCUUGACCAGGAAUUGAGCCCUGACUUUGCGAUACCAGGUGCAAUGCUCUAUCCUUUGAGCUAAACAAGCCAACUAAAGGGCAAGCCAACUAUUUACCGUAAAAUUCCGAAAAUAACCCCUGGGGCUUGUAUUUUUCAAAGUCCCUUUUUGAGGGGCUUAUUUGUGGAGGGGCUUAUCUACAGAAAGAAAUUUGCCGUUCAAAAUCGAUUGGGCUAGCCUUAUAGUUGAAGGUAAAUUUACUGUUUUUGCUUUGUCUUGCUUUGUAUUUGAUGGCAAUUUUCCAAGUACAAGCCCCCGUGGGGCUUAUAUUUGAAGGGGUGAUUUAACGGAGGGUUUUUUGCAUUACCGUUUUAGGGGCCUUAUAUUUGGAGGGGUUUAUACGUGGAGGGGCUUAUUUUCGGAAUUUUACGGUAUGUACCAAAAUUAACUCCCCUGACUCUAUUUUCAGUGUUUGCAUUUGAUUUGUCUUGUUGAAAUUUCUUGCCAGGAUUUUGAAAGAGGUGGAUAAAGUUCUUGGUCAUCGUGAGACUGUGGAGUAUGAAGAUCUUGGCCAGCUGCAAUACCUUGACCAGACACUGAAAGAAGCCCUACGUAAGCAUCCUCCCGUUGGUGGGACUCAAAGAAUUCUUCAAAAGGAAGACGUUUUUGGAGAUUACAAAAUACCAGCCAAAACUCCAGUAGUUGUUUCAAGUUAUAAUGUCCAAAAGUCUCCUGAAUUCUGGGAAUCUCCAGAUGAUUUUGAUCCAGAUCGCUUUUCCCCAUCUCGUAAAGAUGCUAUAUCACAGUUUGUGUUUUUUCCAUUCUCCCUGGGUCCUAGAAGUUGUAUUGGAAAGACGUUAGCUCAGUUUGAGGCAAAGGUUUUAAUGGCAAGGCUCCUCAGAGAAUUCAAGUUCGAGAUCCUUCCUGGCCAAACAGACCAAGUCGAAGAAAAUUUAACAUUAAAGCCUCGAGAUGGUGUAAUGUGUACUUUCACGCAGAGGUAGUUGACGAUUGCCAUGCUACAAUUCAGUCAAGAUGACAAAAUAUCGUUUCCAGGGUAAGGUCUCUUUUCUUCUUGGGAACGCCGGGGAACAAAUUUGUCAAGAUUAUACUCUGCACGACUGUGCAUUUAAAAAAUGUACCAGGUAUUUUGUAUCAAUUAGUAACUUUAUUAUUUAAAAUUGUAAGCCAAUGACC